GAGCGUUUGCCAUCUACAGCCUAGCUGCUACCGUAUGCGAUGAGGGCACAAAAGAAUCUAAAAACAUAGCACAAGUUGGUAUAAUUUGACAAGAAACGACACGAUAAAAGAGCCAAACUGUUUUUUCAAGGAUUAUCAUAGCUGUGACUCACCUCGUACCCUGUUGGGACUGUUAGCUAGCUGGCUAUUGAGCCAUCUGGCAGACUCUCGCUAGCUAACAUUAGCAGUUGCUCAUCGUUAGCAAGUUGGUCUCUGCCUUGGUGAUGGCUGUGUCACAUAGAGUAUGGUUUCUGGCUGGAUAUUUACUCGUACUACUACUAGCUGGAUGCAAAGCAAGGAUACACAAGCUUUCCCUGAAGAAUGAAAUUCGGUCUGCAGUUGAUCUCAACAACUUUGGUUUCUAUGCCAAUGGGACUCUUGAUGUCAAGCUACAUUCUCUGAUCAUCCCAGAUAAGGCGGUGAACUACAGCCUGAACCCGGUUGGCUUCAGCCUCUCCAGGUCUCGAGUCAAUGGAGUCUUGUCCUACACAGCAGAGGAGCCGGAGAUCUGCCCUCUCACUCUGACAAGUGUGGCAAAUAAAGAGCCUCUCGUCCUUUUUCUUAUUGAUAUCAACACGCUCAGUGUCACUGUAAAAGCUAUGGGUGACCAAGACAACCUGUUGAUAGCAAAGCCAAAGGCUGAAACACCGAAAGUUCAGAGGAAAAGGCAGGCGCCAGCUAAUCCUGGUGAAGCAGCAGGUGAGCCUAAAAAUCAAAAAGCUGACGACAGUGAUGCAGCUAAACCAAAAGAUAACCCUGUUGAGACCCAGGCAGCUGAUCCAAAGCCUAAAGUCGAGCCAGAGGGAAAGACAAAGCCUGCAGUUGAAGACAAGAAAACAGAUGAAAAGGAAUUCCUGCUGGGCAAGACCAAACAGCUGAGUUUAGAUUUGGGCAGAGUGAACAACUCUUACAACUUCAGCUUCCACAUUAUUGUUGGUGAGCUGGCUGAGGGUCUCUACAGCCUCAAGUUUCACUACUGUAAGAACAGGCUGCCUGGGCUCAAACAUCCCUACUCAUUCACUGUGGAGGUUACAGAGAAGAAUCCAGGCGGCUACCUGUCUGCAGCAGAAAUUCCUCUGUCCCGCCUUUAUAUUGGCAUGGCAGGAGUCUUCUUCACCGCUGCCUUAGUCUGGGUGUACACACUCAUGAAGCACAGGUAUAGCGUGUUUAAGAUCCACUGGCUGAUGGCAGCGCUGGCCUUCACAAAGUCUACUUCACUGGUUUUCCACAGUAUCAACUAUCACUUCAUCAACACUGAGGGCCAUCCUAUUGAAGGCUGGGCUGUCAUGUAUUAUAUUACACACUUGCUGAAGGGGGCACUCCUCUUCAUCACACUGGCACUGAUUGGCACCGGCUGGGCUUUUGUUAAAUACAUCCUGUCUGACAAAGAGAAGAAGAUCUUCAUGAUUGUCAUCCCCCUGCAGGUCUUGGCUAAUGUGGCCUACAUCAUCAUCGAGUCAACAGAGGAAGGCUCCAGCGAGUACUAUCUGUGGAAGGAGAUCCUCUUCCUGGUUGACCUCAUCUGCUGUGGAGCCAUCCUCUUCCCUGUUGUCUGGUCAAUCCGUCACCUACAAGAGGCUUCCAGCACAGACGGCAAAGCUGCCAUGAAUCUGGAGAAGCUCAAACUCUUCCGGCAUUAUUAUGUGAUGAUUGUGUGUUACAUCUACUUCACAAGGAUCAUAGCCAUUCUGCUCAAGGUCACCAUGCCUUUCCAGUGGCAGUGGUGCUACGAGUUUCUGGUGGAGGUGUCCACUCUGAUCUUCUUCGUGUUGACGGGUUACAAGUUCAGACCAGCAUCCAAUAACCCGUACCUGCAGCUCCCCCAGGACGAGGAGGACGUGGAGAUGGAUGAAGUAGUGACUGAGUCGGGUGCAUUGGAGGGGAUUUCCAAAGUCAAGAAAACAUCAAAUGGACGUGAUCGCCAGAAAGAGUCCACCUUGUGAGCAGGGAGCUGUGUUUUUAGGGGCUGGAGGCGGGGGAGACCCAACAGAAACAUCCCCUGGGAUACACAUGGACCAAGGCUCCCCAACAUCUCCCCACAGUGACGGCUUUCCUUUAGUAACUCUUGAAGUGGUUGCAGCCCACUGUCUGGCUAUGCAAAAAACAAAAGACUUACUCUGUUUCCUUGGAGCACUCCACCCAGAAACUCUGAAAGCACGAGCUCCUGCCACAUGGAUGGGUGGAGCUACGGAGAGGAGCUCUGAUGCUCUUCAGUCUCUCUCUCUCUUUCUCUCUCUCGCUCUCUCUCCAAAGAUAAUGAUCAUUUUAGAGGAAGCUUUGCUUUCCUUCGUGUUUAUAUUUAAAAAUGGAACUUCUGCGAGCCUCCUAGCUGUACCUUUUGGUGUGUGAUGUGAGUCCAGAUGUGUGUGUGAAUGUGGGACAACCCAACAUUUUGACAACCGUUUUUCUCUUCCCUUUGGAGACAAUGGCCCACACUCAGGUAAAGGGUGGUCAAUAUGUACUUCAAGUUUAGACAGCUACCAAUCAUUUUUCUCUCCAACUGAUCAUUCCCAAAUACUACAGUUAGUUUUUCUUCAAACUCAAAUUUUAUAUUGAAAUAUACAGAUGUGAAAGCCUGUAUAGUUCAAUACAGUUACUUUUAUAUUGAAAUGUUAAGUUUCAGUAUUAUUGUAAUGUUGGAGAGAUUUUUGCAGUCUUUAAAAGGACUGCUGCUGUAAUUUAGUGCUUUAGUGGUUGACGUCAUUCAACAAACAGGAUUUUGGAUGAGUCUCCUGAGCAGUGGCCCAUAUUGUGCUCAAACACAGCCUUUUUCUCCUUCUUUUGUUCUAUUUUGGCCACGCUGGGCUGAGAAGUGACCUAAUCCAUUUUUUUUAUUUAUCAGCAUUUGGUUUUACCUUCCUUGCUCUUGAUGUGAAGCUUAUUUUAUUAAUUAUUGAAGACAUAAUGGUACAAGAUCAGUUUUGUGUGCUGCAGCAGGGCGGGCGGGGCGGAGUAGACGGCCAUUUGUAAAUAAUUUACAGAGGAAGACUGUUGAUACAAAAGGAGGCACAUAACACUUUGAUAAGAAAUGCUUUGAGGCUUUAGAGACAGUAACAGUGACACAGGCUCAGUUUCAAUGAGAUUUUUUGAUUCCUUUAAUUGACUGAGGGGACGAUUAUGUGAGGAAUCAAGGAAAGACUACUGAGAUUUGACUGCAGACGCUCCUGUACAGAGUUUACAGACUGUCGCUGGGUCUUCAGGCUCUGAGAGGACAGCAGGAAACAGUCUACAAACCAGAGGAGCAGAAACGUUUAGUGCUGGUUACAGAGGAUGUUUAUGUCUGUGUGAACUGUCACAAUAAAGCUGGUGUUCUGGAAAAGA